CCCGUGCCCGCAUUGAAGAUGGCGUCGGCUUGAGCACCGCCUCCUCCGCUACAGCAGCCGGCAGGUCGCCUCACGCCCCACCAACGCGCGGGGGAAGAAGAAGUCCCGCGAGCGCCCCGGCUCCCCCUCUCCCCGGCAGCGAGAUGAACCCCGAGAAGGACUUCGCGCCCCUCACGCCGGGCAUCGUGCGGGCCCUGAACGACAAGCUCUACGAGAAGAGGAAAGUGGCGGCGCUCGAGAUCGAGAAGCUGGUGCGUGAAUUCGUGUCUCAGAACAGCACAGCUCAGAUCAAGCACGUCAUUCAGAUUUUGUCCCAGGAGUUUGCACUUUCCCAGCACCCACAUAGCCGGAAAGGGGGUCUUAUUGGUUUGGCAGCCUGCUCCAUUGCUCUUGGGAAGGACUCUGGGCUAUACUUGAAGGAGCUGAUUGAGCCGGUGCUGACCUGCUUCAAUGACUCUGACAGCCGCUUGCGAUAUUACGCCUGUGAGGCUCUGUACAACAUUGUGAAGGUGGCCAGGGGCUCUGUCCUCCCCCACUUCAAUGUGCUGUUUGAUGGCUUAAGCAAGCUUGCUGCAGAUCCGGAUCCUAACGUGAAAAGUGGCUCUGAGCUCUUGGACCGGCUUCUGAAGGACAUUGUGACUGAAAGUAACAAGUUCGACCUUGUGGGCUUUAUUCCUCUGCUGCGUGAGAGGAUCUACUCCAACAACCAGUACGCUCGGCAGUUCAUCAUUUCCUGGAUCUUGGUUCUCGAGUCUGUCCCUGAUAUUAAUCUUCUGGAUUACCUGCCAGAGAUUCUAGAUGGGCUCUUCCAGAUCUUGGGUGAUAACAGCAAGGAGAUCCGUAAAAUGUGAGUGCAGAUGGCCCUUGGUGAGUUUCUUAAAGAGAUUAAGAAGAACCCUUCCAGUGUCAAGUUUGCUGAAAUGGCCAACAUCCUGGUGAUUCACUGCCAGGCCUCUGAUGAUCUUAUCCAGCUGACUGCCAUGUGCUGGAUGCGAGAGUUCAUCCAGCUGGCUGGCCGGGUAAUGCUGCCAUAUUCCUCGGGGAUCCUGACAGCUGUCCUGCCUUGCCUGUCUUACGAUGACCGGAAGAAGAGCAUCAAAGAGGUGGCUAAUGUGUGUAACCAGAGCCUGAUGAAGCUGGUCACUCCUGAAGAUGAUGAAAAUGAGGUCAAACAGGCCCCAGCAGCCCCCCAAGCAGAGACUGAUCAUGACGAACCUCUCUCCAAGCAGGAGAUGGCUUCAGGUGACUGCCUGGAUGUCUCGAAUAAUUCCAGUUUCAGCGGUACCAGUGUUUUCAUGCCAAUCAGCACUGAGAGAAUUCAAGUGACCCUCAACCUUGAUGGAAUUGUCCAAGUACUGGACUGUCACCUUCAUGAUUCAGCUAUUGGGAUGAUGACCCGGAUUGCAGUUCUGAAGUGGCUCUACCACUUGUACAUCAAGACACCUCGCAAGAUGUUCCGGCAUACAGACAGCCUGUUUCCUAUCCUGUUAAAGACCUUAUCUGAUGAAUCUGAUGAGGUAAUCCUCAAGGACCUUGAAGUCUUGGCUGAGAUUGCGUCCUCUCCUGCUGGGCAGACGGAAGGCCAAGGGCCAUGUGAUGGCUUUGAGACACAGCCGGGGCAGCUAGAACUUCACGUUCCUGCUCCAACCAAAACGGGCCAGGCUGGCUCCCCUGGUUCCAAAGGCAUGGAGUGCUCUCCCUCAACUCCCACCAUGAACUCCUACUUCUAUAAAUUCAUGAUCAACUUGCUCAAGAGAUUCAGCAGUGAGCGGAAGCUGCUAGAGAUACGAGGUGCCUUCAUCAUCAGGCAACUCUGUCUUCUCCUGAAUGCAGAGAACAUCUUCCACUCUAUGGCGGACAUCCUGCUGCGGGAAGAGGAUCUCAAGUUUGCCUCCACGAUGGUCCAUACCCUCAACACAAUCCUACUGACGUCUUCGGAACUCUUCCAGCUGAGGAACCAACUCAAAGAUCUGAAGACCCCGGAGAGCCGCAAUUUAUUCUGCUGUCUCUACCGUUCCUGGUGCCACAACCCUGUGACUACCGUAUCCCUCUGCUUUCUCACUCAGAACUACAAGCACGCCUAUGACCUCAUCCAGAAGUUCGGUGACCUGGAGGUCACAGUCGAUUUCCUGAUUGAGGUUGACAAGUUGGUCCAGCUGAUAGAAUGCCCGAUUUUUACAUAUCUCCGCUUGCAGCUGCUGGAUGUGAAGAACAAUCCUUACCUAAUCAAGGCUCUGUAUGGGCUGCUGAUGCUGCUGCCGCAGAGCAGUGCCUUCCAGCUCCUCUCCCACCGACUGCAGUGUGUGCCCAACCCAGAGCUCAUGCAAACUGCAGACGACUCAAAGACCAGCCAUGCUGCCAAGAAGUCCACUGCCACCACGGCUAUUGACUACGCUGAACUGUUACAGCACUUCGAGAAGGUCCAGAACAAACAUUUGCAGGUCCGGCACCAGCGAGCCAACCGUGGAGAGACCCUGGACCGGAGAGCAAUCCUCUAGAGGCUCAGUCCAGAGAACAAGAGGAGUGCGGGAGCAACACUGGAUGCUGUGGUAUUAACCGGGUGCCAGCUGCUGGCCCCCAAAUGCUGCUAAAAUUGCAUGGUUGAGGAGGAACAGCGGAACUGGCUUGCGGUGAGCAAAUGCAGUUGCCCCGUGCAGGGGACCUUCCACACUCUCUGGACACAGUUUGCUGCAGGAACGGGGGAAGGAGGCGCUCCGACCCGCCCUUCAGCACGUGUUUUCUUC